CUACGAGUCAAAGGAGCAUUCAUUCUCUUCGCUAAAUCCUCUCUGUGGCUCCAAGUCCCUCUCUCUCUCCUCUCGUUUCCUGUUCCUUUGCAACAGAGAAGGAGACCCAUCUCUGCUUACAGUCGAACCCCUCAAUGGAUUUCGACUGACUGGAUUCAAUCUCGCCUCUCCGUCACUUGUCAGCCAUGUAUUCGACUGUUAGUACUCAAGAACACGGCGAUAUCUUCGGUUUAGCAUCCAAAUUGAGCAACUUCGCAUUUGAUUAUAAGCUCGACAUCCUCAACUCAAAUGGGUACUCUUCGUUGUUGUCUAAUUACUUGUACUUUGAUGGGAAGUUCAAGACCGUGGCUUCGUUGGGUUUGAGUAGUCGACGCGCUUCUACAAUCCGGAAGCUGUUCAAUGAGUUCAAUAGGGCUAUUAGGUUUCACAGCGAGAGAAUCCCACUUGGUUUUGCCUCUAUUAGGAUUGGCUCGGGCAAUGAUAACGGCUGCGAUGUUUUGGAAGAAGAAGGGCUGCAAUUGAACGGCGUUGAAUCGGAGAGUCCCAAGAAGGUUCUUAUUCUGAUGAGCGACACCGGCGGCGGCCACCGGGCUUCUGCAGAAGCCAUUAAAGCCGCAUUCAGUGAAGAAUUUGGUGAUGAAUAUCAGGUGUUUGUGACUGAUUUAUGGACAGAUCAUACGCCUUGGCCGUUCAACCAAUUGCCCAGGAGUUACAGCUUCUUGGUGAAACAUGGCCCUUUGUGGAAGAUGACAUAUUAUGCCUCUGCUCCGCGGGUGGUGCACCAAUCCAAUUUCGCUGCGACAUCAACAUUUAUCGCACGCGAGGUUGCCAAAGGUUUGAUGAAGUACCGGCCAGAUAUAAUUAUCAGUGUACAUCCUUUGAUGCAGCAUGUUCCACUUCGUAUCUUGCGGGCAAGGGGCCUUUUGAAGAAGAUUGUAUUCACCACUGUGGUUACAGAUUUAAGCACUUGCCAUCCAACCUGGUUUCAUAAGCUUGUGACAAGAUGCUAUUGCCCCACGGAAGAGGUAGCAAAAAGGGCACUCAAAGCUAGACUUCAGCCUUCACAAAUAAAGGUUUAUGGCCUCCCUGUGCGACCAUCCUUUGUGAAGCCCAUUCGCCCAAAGGAUGAAUUAAGGAGAGAACUUGGGAUGGAUGAGGAUCUUCCUGCUGUGCUGUUGAUGGGUGGUGGUGAAGGGAUGGGUCCCAUUGAGGCUACAGCACGGGCACUUGGAAACACAUUGUAUGAUGAAAAUGCUGGGGGGGCAAUAGGACAGGUCCUCGUAAUAUGUGGCCGCAACAAAAAGCUUGCAAACAGAUUGCUUUCUAUUGAUUGGAAAAUUCCUCUACAGGUGAAGGGGUUUAUCAAUAAAAUGGAGGAAUGCAUGGGAGCUUGUGAUUGCAUUAUUACAAAGGCUGGUCCAGGAACUAUUGCUGAAGCUAUGAUUAGAGGGCUCCCAAUAAUUCUCAAUGAUUACAUUGCCGGGCAGGAAGCAGGGAACGUUCCAUACGUGGUGGAAAAUGGAUUUGGCAAAUUCUCCAAGUCGCCAAAGGAGAUAGCCAGCAUCGUUGCUCAGUGGUUUGGUCCAAGAGCAGACGAACUCAAGGCCAUGUCGCAAAACGCUUUGAGGCUGGCAAGGCCGGAUGCAGUUUUUAAGAUUGUUCGUGAUCUUCAUGAACUGGUGAGACAGAAAAGCUUUGUACCCCAAUACUGUUCGUCUUGAACCAAACGCUUCACGUCAUUUUUGGCUCAAAGUUCUUCAAUAUAAUGCACUUUUGGAUACUUGGACAA